AGUCUGACCUUGACAAAUAUACAACAUCACCGCGUCUCCUUCUCUCUCUUUUUUUUUCCUCGUUGGAAAAAAAAACCCCUAGCUUCUCCAUCUCUCACCGAUGGUCAUGGUCGCAUAGCCAUUCGCAGAUCUGGUCGUUGACAAUUUUGAGACUUUGCAGAUGGAUAAAAAGACUGCUUCCUCGCCAUGGGAGCGAGCCCAAUCCAUAUUCGAUAAGACUAUUGAGUUGGAAGCCAAGCGUAGGAAGGCUGCACAGUCUCGGACCCCGACGUCUGACCCCAAUUUGUGGCAGCAAAUUCGCGAGAAUUACGAAGCUAUCGUUCUCGAAGAUCAUGCUUUCUCUGAGCAGCACACCAUUGAGUUUACACUGUGGCAGUUGCAUUACAAACGGAUUGAAGAGUACAGAUCAAACAUCAAUGCUGUCUUGGCUUCUGGUAGCUCCGGUGCGGCUCAGAAUGCAAAGGGUCCUUCUAUAUCCGAACGAGUCGCGAGGGUCAAGCUGAGGUUCAGAACUUUUCUUUCGGAAGCAACUGGGUUUUACCAUGAGAUGAUAUUGAAAAUUAGAUCGAACUAUGGUCUUCCCCUGGGUUACUUUUCCGAUGAUCAAGAGAGUCAAAAUUUGGCUGAUAAGGAUGGGAAGAAGCUGGCUCAAGUUAAGAAAGGCUUGGUGUCUUGUCACCGUUGCUUAAUAUACCUUGGUGAUCUUGCUCGGUACAAAGGAUUGUAUGGAGAGGGAGGAGAUUCCAAGAACCGAGAGUAUGCUGCUGCUUCGGGUUACUAUUUGCAAGCAGCUUCUCUGUUGCCAGCCAGUGGAAACCCACAUCAUCAGCUUGCUAUAAUUGCUUCUUAUUCGGCGGAUGAGUUUGCAGCAACUUAUCGUUACUUCCGGAGCUUGGCUGUGGAGAGUCCUUUUCCCACUGCCCGUGACAACUUGAUUGUUGCUUUUGAAAAGAAUCGUCAGAGUUAUGCCCAGUUGCUUGCGGCUUCCAAAGACUCAUCUACAAAGCCGAAUGGUAAAGGAAGAGGUAAAGGCGAAGACAAAUCAUCGGAAGAUGCGAACGUGGCUUCUGUUCCUGAGAAGGAUAAAGUAACUAGUGCAAAUGAGAUGCUUAAAGCAUUCUGCAUUAGAUUUGUACGUCUCAACGGGAUUCUUUUCACCCGAACAAGCCUGGAGACAUUCUUUGAUGUUCUUGCUUCCACUAGCAUCAGUCUACGAGAGCUGAUUACUUCAAGCUUAAUGGAAGUGCUGGUUUUUGGCAAAGACACCAGUGACAGCGCACUCUUCAUUGUUAGACUCGUGACGAUUCUUAUAUUCAGCGCCCAUAACCUUAAGAAAGGGACAGACCCUAAGAAAGAGACAGAGGGUCAGUCAUAUGCGCAAAUUGUACAGCGUGUGGAGCCUGCUAGAAACUCCUUAACAGCAAGUUUCGAGUUACUUGGACACGUAAUAGAGCAGUGUGCGCAACUGCGUGAUCCUUCGUCAAGCUAUUUCUUGCCUGGUGUCUUAGUUUUUGUUGAAUGGUUGGCCUGUUGUCCUGAUAUUGCAUCGGGAAGUGAUCCGGAUGAAAGACUGGCUGCUGCGAGAAACAGCUUUUGGAACCAGUGUGUUGCCUUCUUCAAUCGACUCUUGUCGCUUGGGCCUAUGUAUAUUGAUGAUGUCGAAGAUGAGACUUGCUUCUCAAACAUGAGCAUGUAUGAUGAAAGAGAAACUGAAAACCGACUUGCUCUGUGGGAGGACUAUGAAUUAAGAGGAUUCUUGCCAUUGCUUCCAGCUCAGACUAUUCUCGAUUUCUCAAGAAAACAUUCCUUUGGAACUGAAGGGCCCAAGGAAAAGAAAGCUCGUAUUAAGAGGAUCCUAGCAGCAGGGAAAGCAUUGACCAGUGUGAUCAAGGUUGAUCAGAAUUGUGUUUAUUUUGACUCAAAGAAGAAGAAGUUUCUCGUUGGUGUUAAACCGUCCGGUGACUUACUGGAUUCUCAUUCAAACCCACCUGAAGCUGAUAAUGCUUUACAAGAAAACCAAGCAAUGAUGAACCAUAAUACGCCAGUGACGCAACGAGAUCAGCAGAUUUACUUGGAUGAGGAAGAUGAUGAAGAAGAAGAAAUUGUUUUCAAACCUCUAGUUACUGAGAAGAGGAAUGGGGCUUCUGACCAAACCUAUGUUCCUAAUGGAGGCUUGAGGAAUCCUGAUCAAGUUCCUAACGGAGGCUUCAGGAAACCUGAUCAAGUUGCUACGAUGAGAGAAGACUUAAAAUCUCUGAGUGUUUCAGAUGCAGCUUUUCAAGGAAACAUGCUUCAGCACUCAAGAGGCAAUGCAGCUGUUCAAGUGCCUGCGUCUGUUGGUUCUAACCUUCUGGGACAUCUUCUGCCGUCAACCCAGUCUCAGGGUAUGCAGUUGCAACAACCUCAGACACAAGCAGUGCAUCCUCAGCAAGCUCAAUCGCUGGCUUCUUCACGACUUCAACCACAUCAAUCACAGGUCUCACAACUUCAACCACUGCAAUCACGGACUGUGCACUUUCAACAAACUCAGGGACAGGUUUCACAUGCUGCACCGGCCCAGCCACAAUCAACUUCCCUUAGUGGUAGCAACUGGUUCCCAAAUGAAGCUGCUAGGAGCCUAUCUGGUUUCGCUCAGAUGGGUAAUGGUCUUGUGAUGAGGAACGAGAUGCAAGGAAACCAGGGAUUUUCCUAUUACCCUGCACACUCAUUGCCGAUCCACCAGUCUUUCAAUGUCAACGGUAUGGGUGGUAUGCCAUAUUCUCAGUCACGAACACCCGAAGCUGUGUUGCCACCCAAUAUCAAUGCUGUUUCAUCUGCUGGAGUUAUUGCUGAUGGCAUGGGUAUGCAGUCUUCAUUAGCGAGAAAAAAUCCAAUCGGUAGAGCCUCCAGGCAUCUCGGCCCUCCACCUGGGUUUAACCCUGUCCCCUCUAAGGUGGUAAAGGAGCCUGCACCUGGUCCGGAUAUGUCUGGCAACAAUCCACAGGUUGAUGAUUACAGCUGGUUGGAUGGAUACCAAGGCCAGUCUUCUCGAGGCACCGGUUUCAACGGUUCUUUGAAUUACGCAUCUCCUGGGAAACCAGAGCACAUGGGUACCGGCAAUGGAUUGAACGGGCCUUCCACCUUUCCGUUCCCUGGAAAACAAGCUCCUGCAUCACAGACACAAGCAGAAUUUCCUUAUGCUCAGCAUCCUCAGAGAGACAACGAUCAAUCAGCUCAACUCCCCGAUCAAAAUCAAGGACAGCCCAGUUGGUCGAGUCGUCGCUUUGUGUGAAAUCACAAUGGAAGAGUAACACGGUAAUUGGAAAUGAUCCAGGUGAGUGUUACGCAAUGUUUACUGCUACCUAACUCCAGCUCGUUCUGUUGAAGUCUCUCUUGUUGGAGUAUAUGUAGCAUUGGCUUCUUGUGGGUCACUUCCUACGUGACAGAUUCAGGAGACAGCUCAUGUUGGUGAAAAGAGAUGUAUGGUAAACAAGAAUGAAUGGUUUCUGGGGAAUUUGAUAGGGAGUAAAGCGCCUUUCUCUUGCUACUUGAAGUGGAGAUGUUAAGACCAUAUGAUUGAAUAAGCUCUCGCUCUGGAUGAAGCACACUUUUAUCCUCUUGUAUCUUUUAUUUAUUUUCUUGCGAAUAAUGUUUAGCUGUUUGCUUGCAGCGAAUCUUUCUAUCUUGGGUUGCUUUGUCUUGCUCUCAUUUGUUGUGUGCGCUUUUCGAAUCUUUCUCUCUUAAGUUGAACAUCAUAAGUUGUGUCAAAACUAUGCAAGUGGGAUUGAAUAAAAGACGUUUCUCUUA